AUGGCACUCCUGACACCCCAGGGCGUGAAGGAAGUCUUCCAGUUUCAGAGACCCCAAGGGCGGGAGCAUCUUCGGAGGCUCCUGAACUGGGAGGAGUUUGAUGAUCUGAGGGACGCCCGCCAGAGCAUCUUGCUAGACACCCUCUAUGACAGCGUCAUCUUCGCCGUGGGAAAAGGUUUUCCCUGGGUGGAGGUAGUCGAGGUGGUCAAGUUCACGGAAGAACUGCUCAGAGAAACCAAAGGCUGCUCCAUCACCGAGGCCGUGACAAUCCUGGGGAACAAGCUUCGAGACUACCAGAAGCAGUUCAACGUCACCCACCUGCUGGCCCUCUGUGACUACUUCCACAACACCUUCAUUCGCCACUACAAACUCUUCCAGUAUGUCCUGAGCCAGGACCGAGAGGUGAACCUGACGGUCACCCACGUGGAGGUGUGCACACCGCCCCAGCCCCUGCCGCUGGCUGAGGGCACAGACAGGGACGUAUGGAGGCAUGAGCAGCAGGUGGCUGAGCUGAGCGCCGAGGAAGCGCAGAAGCGCACGAACUUGCUGCUGCUGAGGGAGGCUCUGUGCCUGGAGCAGGAGCACAUGCUGCAAAAGGCCCUCAGAGGUGAUGAGGUGGCCUUGACAUCACAGCCCCGCCAGACCCUGAGGAGGGAGGCACUAGAACAUUUGGUCAGUGAAGCCAUCCGUAUCCAGAUCUCGUGUCUCCAGGAACUGCUGCAGUAUGAGAUCCAGGUGGCCUUUGACAUCCUGGACCUGAGGCUGCAGAAGAAGACCCUGAACCUCAACGCUCCUCUGCCCCUGCUGCCCUCCCUCACCGGCCAACUGGCCCUAGAGGACUCUCCUAAGGCCACGAAAGCCAACAAAGGAAAGAAAUCCAAAGCUAAGAAGUAG